GGAGUGCGAGAGAUUCAUAUCUCAAUUAGGGUGUUGAGGGGGCAGUGGUUGGUUGAUCUCGAUGGCGGUGGAAGCGACGAGGAUGAGAGGGACGGUGGAGACCUUCUCCGAUCAGAAGGGUUACGGAUUCAUCAAGCCGGACGGAAACGGCGAUUCGCUGUUCGUUCAUCAGACGGCGAUCAAGGCAGAGGGCUACCGGACCCUGUACAAAGAUCAGACGGUUGAAUUUGAGGUAGUCAAGAAGGGUGACAGGUUUCAGGCGAUCGAAGUGACUGGACCUAACGGCGCCCUGCUUGAGGAACCGCGAUCCAGAGGGAAGGGCCUUGGAUACGGUGGUGGUGAGAAUAGGAGGAGCGGGAAUGAUUAUGGAAGUGGUGCUGAUCUUAGGAGGAAUGGAAGUGGGUAUGGAGGUUCCGGCGGCGGGCGUUGUUUUAAUUGUAAUCAGACUGGACAUUUGGCUAGGGAUUGCGAGCAGAGUGGUGGUGGUUCUAUCAGGAGGAACGGGAACGGAUAUGGCGGCGGGGCGGAGUGCUUUAAAUGUAGGCAGAUUGGUCAUUUAGCUAGGGAUUGUGACCUGAAUAACCAAGAUGGAGGUGUUGACUACAAUACUAAGAGCUUGAAUGGGUAUCGAGGAGGAGGGGGAGUAGAAUGCUACAACUGUAGAAAGAUUGGGCAUUUAGCCAAAGAUUGCGACCUGAACAGAGGCGGCAGCAGAGGUGGUGGUGGUGGUGGUAGUUGCUUCAAGUGUGGUGUGCCUGGGCACAUUGCAAGAGAUUGUGCAAGUGGUGGAGGUGGUGGCAGUGGAGGAAGUGGUGGUGGAAAGUGCUUUUCCUGUGGGGUACCGGGCCACUUUGCCCGGGACUGCCCUUCGUCUGGAGGUGACAAUGGUGGGAGGUUCAGAGGUGGCACAUCGAAUGAAUGCUUCAACUGCGGUGAUCCAGGUCAUUUUGCUAGAGACUGCACCCUAGAAGCCUAACUUUACCUUGCUAUUCCAUUCCUAUCAUCCGAAACAUAUUUUUUGAGUUUGCUCUCCAAUCUUUCUUGUUCAUCAUAAGUUUCAGCUACUUGCUUUACAGGUUUUCAUGGUAUUGAUUGCUGUUUUUAUACCUUUUUUGGUCUAAUACGCUUGCUCCAUGGAUUGGUUAUACAGUUAUAAUUGCAUUAUCUUUGAAUGUUGAAUAAAUAUGUUCUUGGUUU